AUGUGCGAAUAUAAAAAUACGACACGAUUGACGAAAACAUUAAUAAAAAUUUUUUAUAUAUCGUUCAUAAUCAACGUGACAAUGUCAGACGUUAGGAAUAACGAGGGGAGAGGAAAUGAAAACAACAACAACAACAACACCGGAACCAGAAACGAUGAAAACGUCAACAACAACAACGACAACGCGUGUCCAAUAAAAAACGUAACAAGGGAUUGUAAUUGUUUUAAUUUAGACGAUGGGAUUUACAUCGAAUGCACAAAUUCGUCACCCAUUUAUUUAAAUCAACUCUUGAGUUUAAUUCAUAAGAAAAACAUAAAAACUUUAAAUCUCGUCGAUGUCAACGCGAACGUGACAAUUCUCUCCGAUAAUUUUUUAAACAUUUUUAACAAUAAUGAUAAUAACGAUAAGAAGACAAAGAUCAACGUCAAAGAAAUAAAAUUAAUAAAAUCAAAUAUAAGAAUGGUGAGUGAAAAAGCGUUCGCGAACGUUGAAAGCAAUUUAACAUCCGUGACGAUAUCGAACGGAAAAUUAAACGGUGUACCAAUUAAAUCCCUCGUCAAAUUGAAAAAAUUAAAAAAUUUAAAUUUGGAAUCGAAUUUGAUAAGACGAUUGGUCGACGAUUCUUUUCGCGGUUUAAAUAUAAACAAAUUAAAUUUAAAGGAUAAUUUUAUAAACGUUUUAACCGAACGGGCGUUCGCGGGUUUGGAAAACACGCUCCUAGAAUUGGAUUUGACGUCGAAUAAAUUACAAACGUUUCCGAUGAACGCAUUUAAAUUAUUAAAAAACAUCAAAACGAUACGUUUGAAUUCGAAUUUGAUUAAAAUUUACGGGGACGAACGUUACGACGGUGGCGCCGGAACCGUAAGCGGUGGAAACAAAAACAAACGUAACAAAUUGACGAGUUUGUUACAUUUGGAUUUGUCAUCGAACGUCAUCGAAUCCGUUCCAUCGAAUUAUUUUCGUCCCGUUCCCUCGUUGAUUUCCUUAUCGCUACACAAUAAUUUAAUAACGACCGUCGAUGGGGAUUCAUUUGCAUCCCUCGUCCCCCUCGAAAUAUUAGACUUGAGCAAUAAUAAAAUAAUCGAUGUCGAUAAAUCGAUUUUUCGAUACAAUAAAAAUUUAAAAAUAAUCGAUUUGAGUUCGAAUCACGUGCACGACAUAAGGGGUUUGUUCAACAGGUUGCAAAAUUUACAAAUAUUGUAUUUGAUGGACAACAACAUACGGGAAAUCCCAGGGGAAACGUUCGACGAAUGCAAAUCCCUCACCGUCAUUUACGUCGAACGUAACGUCAUAACGACGAUAAGUUCGAAAGCGUUCGAAAAUUUACACAAUUUAAAAGAGAUCAACGUGAGUUUUAAUUAUUUGAAAAAUUUACCCGGGGAUUUGUUCGAGAAUAACGUCAACCUCGUCAAAAUGAGUUUGAAUAACAAUUACAUACGAGACGUGGAAGGAGACACGUUCGAAUAUUUGAACAAGUUGGAAGAAAUACGUUUGGACAACAAUAGGAUACGUCACGUUCAAAAGGGUUUGUUCGAUAAUUUGACGUCACUUGUCGAACUCAAUUUGUACAAUAACGAAAUUUCCCGGGUCGGACAAGAAUCGAUAAAACGUUUGUCGUCGUUGAAAUACGUCAACCUUCAAAAGAACUUUCUCGAAUCUUUGAAUUAUUUUUUCGUACAAGUCGUUCCGUCACUCGUCACUAUACGAUUGGACGACAAUCGCGUCAAGAAUUUGAGCAACGCGUUCGUGAGCGAGCAAAAAAACGUUAGGAUAAUUUAUUUGAAUCGGAAUCUCAUAGAAAGCCUCGACAAAAACACGUUCGCGAACAUGAACAAAUUGUUGGAAUUGCAUUUGGACGACAACGUCAUACGUCACAUCGACGAUCAUGCUUUCGUAAACAAUCACGAUUUGAAAGUAUUAUUUUUGAACAAUAACAAUUUGAAAGUGAUAAAUGAAAACACGUUCGCGGGUUUGUACAAUUUGAACGAAUUUCACGCGUCGCGAAACAAAAUCGAAUCCGUUCAUUCCGACUCGUUCAAAACUUUUCUCAAAAUUAAACGCGUGGAUUUGAGUCACAAUCGACUCACGAGAAUUCAUAAAAAUUUUUUACCACCGAACGUUCCACUCGUUCGAAUCGAUUUAAACGAUAAUUCGAUACGUUUCGUCGAUUUCGAUUUCUCGAACGUUUCUCGACAAUUGAGAGAACUCAAUUUGAACAAUAAUCGUUUGACGAUCGAUGAAAAAAAUUCCACGUUCGAUUUCGCGAAUUUGAUUCCGCCGAAUUUGUUAACUUUGAAAUUAUCCGGUAACGUCAUUCGUUCGUUUCGCGAACGUGGUACCCCCUCUCCGCCGUUCGCGGUAUCCCUCGAAAAUUUACAAAUGGAUAAUUCGUCCAUCGAUGACGUUCCCGAAUAUUUUUUUUCCAACGGUUCGAUCGAUAACCGUUUGAAAACCGUCAGCCUUUCCCGUAAUAAAAUUUUCCAACUUUCCGAAAACGUUUUCGUCAAUUGCGUUCGUUUGGAAAACGUUCGAUUGGACGGUAACCUUUUCGCACGGAUUCCCUACGUCGCUUUCGACCCGUUGAAAAAUUUAAUCUCUUUAAACGUUUCCGGUAAUUCGAUAGAAAACGUUAAUUUUAAUAAAUUGAACGGACUCGAAAAUUUACAAAUAUUGGAUUUGAGCCGGAAUAAAAUCAGUCGCGUUCAAGGUUUCGAUGAAACCGUUCUGAACCGUUUGACUCACGUUUACCUCAACGAUAAUUAUUUGAAUCGCGUUCCCCCGGAUUUUUUUCAAAUUUUCGACAGGUUAACUCAUUUGGACAUUUCCGGUAACAGGUUAACGUUUUUUCCGCGACCCUACGACGAAUACAAUCCCACGGGUCGAAAACUUCGCGUUCCACCAUUGAAACAAUUAAAUUUGAGCAACAACACUUUGGACUACCUCAAAACGGAUUCGAACGAUUUGAAAUUUCAUUUUCUCGAACGGAUUCAAAUGAGCCAAUCAAAAGUCACCAUUUUAUCUGAUGAUUUUUUCCGGUAUUUUCCCUCGUUGACUUUCGUCGAUUUGAGCGGAAAUAGAAUUUCCAUACUGUCCGACGACGUUUUUUACAAUUUGUCCAAAGUAACGGAUUUGAAUUUGUCUCAAAACGGUUUGGAAGUGUUGAAAACGAACGUUUUGAACGGUUUGAACUCGUUGAUUUUUUUAAAUUUAUCACAUAACAAAUUAAAAAACGUUGAAAAAUUUUCAAACGAUUUGACUCGGUUGAAAAUCAUCGAUUUAUCGUAUAAUAAAUUAACGAGAAUAAGUAAAUAUUUUUUCGAUCGUUUAUUUUAUUUAACGGAAAUAUACCUGACCGGAAAUUGGAUCGUUUUCGUUCAUUCGAACGCUUUCGAACCUAAUAAAAAUUUAAAAAUUUUAGAUCUGAGUAAAAAUUAUAUGGAAAAUUUACCGUUGAACGCUUUCAAAAAUUUAGAAAGUCAAAUACGAAUCCUCGGAAUAAAAGAAAAUCCCAUUACUUGCGACUGUGAUGAACUAGAAUUAUGGGAAUGGCUUCGGGAACAUCCCAAAUUAAUAGGUUUUCACGACGGUUUGGAACUAAAAUGUGAAAAUCCAUCUCGUCUCCGUGAGAUUUCAUUCGUCGAAUUGAUUCCUCCAGAAUUUUGUUCUACUCCGAUCAUCGUUAAAUUAGCCAUACAAGACAUUCAACCAUUUUCCGUCGUCGUGUCCUGGCAAAGUAGAAAUCAUAGCGGAUUAAAUGGUUAUAAUGUUAUUUACACGGAUUUGAAAGAGAACAACACGGUUUCGACAAAAGUCUACGACAGAAACAUUAGAAUAUUAAAAGUUAAUAAAUUAGAACCGGAUACGAAAUAUUUAAUUUGCGUUCUAGGAUUUGGCUCUUGGACCGGAAAUAAUGAUAACGAAUUUAAUUAUAUUUUUUUAACGUUAAAAAACGUUUCUUAUUCUCACUCAAUCAAAUCUCAUCCGUUUCCACCGGGAAAAUGUACGGAAGUGAAAACACUCGAACCACCGGAAAUCAUGUACGGAAAAGGUUUUGGCGACAAAUGGGAUUCGUCCAAUUCGAUAUUAACGAGACGAUUGGGUUUGAUUGUCGGUUGUUGUCUGGGAAGUUUUGUUUUCUUCGUACUCAUAUCGAUAUUGGGAUACAUAAAAAUACAAAAACAGAGAAGAGUUUCGCACAGGGACCAAAAUUUACCGCCCGAAUAUAUGUCGUACAGGUAA